CUUUAUUUGUGUGUAUCCAGUGUGGGACCGGUGUUUGUUUGGGACCCCGCUACCUGCCGCCUCCUCCUGCGGCCUGUUGACAAGCGCUGCCCAAUCCGCUCCUCUGCGGGACAGUCCAGCGGUUUAGCGCGGUCAAAGAGAAUCUGAGAAGUGACCACGAUGAACCCGGUGUACAGCCCUGCGCCAACAGGGGUCCCCUUUACCAACACUAAAGGCAUAGGAUAUCCAGCUGGUUUCCCUGUUGGUUACGCUGCAGCGCCUCCGACAUACACACCCAGUGUGUAUCCUGGUGCCAACCCAGCGUUCCCCAGCGGAUACUCUCCAGGGACGCCUUUUAAAAUGACCUGUUCUCCAAACACUGGGACCGUGCCUCCUUAUACGUCCUCGCCAAACCCUUAUCAGGCCGCGGUGUAUCCCGUCAGGAGCACCUACCCCCAACAGAACCCCUAUGCACAGGCAUUAAUACCUUCACAACAGCAAGGCACUUACUACACACAGCCUCUGUACGCGGCUCCGCCCCACGUCAUCCAUCACACGACAGUUGUCCAGCCCAAUGGGAUGCCAGCCACCAUGUUUGCCCCUCACAUCCCUCCCCAUCGCCCAAAUGGGGUCCCCAUGGGGAUGGUAGCGGGCACCACCAUGGCCAUGUCGGCAGGAACAUUGUUGACCACUCCUUCACCAGCGCCUGUUGCACCCCACCCGGUCACAAUGCCAACAUAUCGGCCCGCGGGCACACCCAGCUACAGCUAUGUGCCCCCGCAGUGGUGAAGUGAGGGGUUGGUAGUUAUGCAUUCACACUAUACUCCAGUGUUUUUGCUUUUGGUGAAGACAGCCCAGCCACUGUCUGAAGCCAAUCGCUCUUCUUCCAGCAUAAUGUGAAUCUUAAACCCUAUAUAUCGUAGAAAGAGUCCCAUUUUAAAUAAGGAAAAGGGGUAAAUUGGAUGAUGGAAGUGACCCCGGUUAAUAAGACGCGCCUGCAUUCCUAAACCACUCUCCCGACGCCAGCACCUCUAGAGCCUGCUGCAUAUCACAUAUAACACAGCUCCAUGCUAACCCUUUUGUGCUCCGUCAGAAGAGUUUUGAAGCUUAAUCCUCUUAGCGUUGAAAAUAGAGUUUGAUCUGGGUUUUGUUACAUAAAACAUGACAUUACUCUUUGGGAACACAUAUGAUGCUGAAUGCAUGUGUAUAUACAGUAUAUAGGCACAUGGAAUAAUGCUAGCUCUAUCUACCUGCUGUGACAGAUGCAAAUUGAACAAAAGGCACACAUCCAAAGGAACUAGAGUAAUAAUCUGAUGCUGAAUCACUCAUGACCAUGUCUUAAUGUGAAAAGAAGAGGACAUAAACGUUAGCUCAUGCAAAAACAUUCUGCUCUAAACAUGCAGACUAAACUGUAACUCCACGGCUUUGUGAUUUAGAAAGUGAUGGUUUUAUUAUGAUUUUUUCAGUGAUGCAGUGUAUGCAUUCGUCUUAUCAGUUUUGUAUUUUAGAAAAAAGAUGGGACCUUUGAGUUUGUGCCUCUUUGACGGCCAUUACUUAAUCAUUAAGUGUUUAAAUGUUUUAUUUUUCACUAUUUUAUAGAAGAUUUAAUUCCACAGGUCAUAUGCAGCUUUUUGCCAGAAACACAUUUUGAUGACGAUUUCCUUUUAUAACCAAAAGUAUUGUUUGUAGGAAAAGUUUUUGGAGUUCAUUUGCACCGUGUCAGUGAGAGUGAAUGAACUGUAGCCUUGUGUGAGUGUGACUGAGACUAAAAAAAAAAAACAUUCAAUGGUGCCAUAAGUGCAACUAGCUAGAAACAGACACCUAUGUUACCUGUGUAAUAACAAUGCUCUAAGCAUAAACUAUUAAUAUAAAACUGUGUGUGAACAGCACUACUGAACAAAGACACUAAUUUAAACUUGUGUGAAACACCAAACACUUUACAUUGCUCGCUGUUUUACCUCAAGGUACCAAGCUAACAAGCUAACAGGCUAACUCACAAAGAUCACUCCAGACUAGCUUUUCUAUUUUGCCUCAGUCACCUCCGUUAAAUCUGUUUUGUAAAUGUUAUUUUUGUGAUUUUGGUUCUUGUUUUGUAUUCUAAAGAAAGACCAAAAAUAAUAAAAUGUUAAAAAAUAUUGAA